UGAUUGAUAACAUUAAAGAAUCAAUUAUUCCUUAGCGGUUGUAUUAAAGUUAAAUAUUUUUGUAUGUGUUUUAGGUCUUAUUACAGGAGCUUACUUUGCAAUGUCAACUAUUCUGAAUGAGAUGGUCCUGAUUCAUUUCCCGGGUGAUGAAGUGGAUGCUGGGCGGAUGGGUGCAAUUAUGGUUUUUGCGGGAAUGAUAGGAUCAGUGCUGCUAGGGAUAUUUCUUGACAGAACCCACAAAUACAAAGAAAUUUCUGUGUUGGUAUUUACCGUAAGCUUCCUUCUCAUGCUGGGUUACACUUUCUUAAUUAAACUUGAACAUAUUUGGAUACAAUAUGUAUUCUUAUCAUUUCUCGGUUUGUUCAUGACUGGGUAUUUGCCAGCAGGAUUUGAUUUUGGUGCUGAAAUAACCUAUCCAGAGCCUGAAGCCAUGUCAGGAAGCUUGCUAAAUACAUCAACACAAAUUUUCAGCAUACUUUUCACUCACGCUGCCUCUUCGUUGCUACAGAAUUAUAAUGACUUCUAUUCGAAUAUUUUAUUCACUAGUAGCUUACUUUUAGGAUUAAUUAUAAUAG